CAUCUUUAAACUCAUCGGCACAUCUCUUUCUCCCCGGAUGCAAUGCUGUAAAUAAGGCUCUUUCAUAUCUGUAAGUAAUCACUAGGACAGGAGGAUCAGGAUGAAAAGAUGGCGACCGUGCUGUUACCAACGGGUCCUGACGGCUUGCGCCGGUUCACUCGCGAAUCCCUGGCCGCCAUCGAGCAGCGGAUUGCAGCGGAGCAGGCCAGAAACGCCAAGGACUACAAGGAGGACCUGGGGAACGUGGAGCCGGCCGCGCCCCGGGUCGACCUGGAGGCCGGCAAGACGCUGCCGCGCAUCUUUGGGGAGAUCCCGGCGGCCCUUGUGGGCGUCCCUUUGGAGGACAUCGACCCUUUUUACAACAACCAGAGAACUUUUAUAGUACUAAACAAGGGGAAAGCCAUCUUCCGAUUUAGUGCCACAUCUGCACUGUACAUUUUUAGCCCUUUUCACCCCAUCAGAAGAGUCUCAAUUAGAAUUUUAGUCCACUCAUUGUUCAGUUUGUUUAUAAUGUGCACUAUUUUGACCAACUGUUGCUUCAUGGCAAUGUCUGAACCAGCGCAAUGGGCCAAGUAUCUCGAGUACACUUUCACUGGCAUUUACACUUUUGAGUCAAUGAUAAAAAUACUGGCGAGAGGAUUCUGCAUCGGUCCCUUCACCUUCCUGAGGGACCCUUGGAACUGGCUGGAUUUCAGCGUCAUCGUCAUGGCAUAUGUUACUGAAUUUGUGGACCUGGGCAAUGUCUCAGCGUUAAGAACAUUCAGAGUACUGCGAGCACUGAAAACUAUCUCAGUCAUUCCAGGGCUGAAGACCAUCGUAGGUGCGUUGAUCCAGUCGGUGAAGAAGCUGGCCGACGUGAUGAUACUCACGGUCUUCUGCCUGAGCGUCUUCGCCCUCAUCGGCCUGCAGCUCUUCAUGGGUAACCUGCGACAGAAGUGCGUCCGCAGCACGGCGCACUGCCUCAACGGAACCUACGGCAACGGCACCUUCUUCUGCAACAACAAGACCUGGGCGUCCGUGAAGGACUUCAUCACAGAAGAAGAAAACUUCUAUAAGAUCGAAGGGGCUAAGGAUGCCUUAAUCUGCGGGAACAGCACGGAUGCCGGGAAAUGUCCUGAUGGCUUCGAGUGUCUGAAAACGGGAAGAAACCCUAAUUAUGGUUACACCAGUUUUGACAGCUUCGGGUGGGCUUUCCUGGCUCUUUUUCGCCUCAUGACGCAGGACUUUUGGGAAAACCUCUAUCAGCAGACUCUCCGGUCUGCAGGAAAGACCUACAUGAUCUUCUUUGUGCUGGUGAUUUUCUUGGGUUCCUUCUACCUUGUGAACCUAAUAUUGGCUGUGGUGGCCAUGGCCUAUGAGGAGCAAAAUCAGGCCACUAUCGCGGAGGCCUGGCAGAAGGAGAGGGAGUUCCAGUUGGCCAUGGAGAAUCUCCGCAGGGAGCAGCAGGCCAUGGCUCACAAAGCGCACGAGACAGACUCGGUGCGAUCCCCAGAGUUGUCCCCGUUCACCCUGAAGGACACCAAGGGACGGAAGAAGAGGAAGAAAUCCCAAAGGACGCUGUCGGAGGAAACCGAGGAGGAUGUAGAAGAUAAGGCGUCAAAGGUGGACGUAGAUGGUGGCCCCAAGAUGCAGCACCUUCUCGUCCGCACUCUGUCAUCCCACCCCCUGAGUGCCAGGAGGGGGAGUCAGGUGAGCGUGUUCACCUUCCGCGGAAGAAAGGACUCGGAGGCGGAGAUGGCGGACGAUGAGUACAGUUUGCACCGGGAAGCCAGCAGCCGGACGGGCUCCUUGGCCGCACCUUGGCCCAAGCGGCGGACAAGCAGCCAGAGCGUGGGGAGCUACUGCUCCCAAGUUUUCAGCCCAUCCCUGAACGUCAACGGGAAACUAUCCGUGGACCUCAACGGAGUCAGCGGCUUGGCUACGGUCAACUCCCUGCCUCUUCCACCAUGUGCAAUGGACAAGGUUAAGGAGGAAAGAAGACCCAGCUAUGACGCAGAGGCCGUUGGGGCACAGUAUCCCCGGAGACUCUCCCCUGAGCUCCUGGAAGAGCCCCAGCGUAGAAACAGGGGUCUCAGCAUUGUGAGCUUCCUCACCGACGCCAUGGAGGAGCUAGAAGAUUCGCGGCAGAAAUGCCACCCCUGCUGGCAUGCUUUCGCCCAGCAGUACCUGAUCUGGGACUGCUGCCCAGCCUGGCUACGCCUCAAGGAGUGGGUCAAGUUCGUGGUGAUGGACCCCUUCAUGGACCUGGCCAUUACUGUGUGCAUCGUGCUCAACACACUCUUCAUGGCCCUCGAGCACUACCCCAUGACAGAUGACUUCAACAGGAUGCUCUCUGUGGGCAACCUGGUUUUCACAGGGAUCUUUACAGCUGAGAUGGUCCUCAAGAUCAUGGCCUUGGACCCGUACUAUUACUUCCAGCAGGGCUGGAAUAUCUUUGACAGCAUCAUCGUGUGCCUCAGCCUGAUGGAGCUCGGCCUCUCCAAUGUUGAGGGACUGUCGGUGCUGCGGUCCUUCAGACUGCUGAGGGUCUUCAAACUGGCAAAAUCUUGGCCCACCUUGAACACGCUGAUCAAGAUCAUCGGGAACUCCGUGGGCGCCCUGGGAAACCUGACCCUGGUGCUAGCCAUCAUUGUCUUCAUCUUCGCCGUGGUGGGCAUGCAGCUCUUCGGAAAGAACUACCAGGACUGCGUGUGCAAAAUCUCUAAGGACUGCUCUCUGCCCCGCUGGCACAUGACUGACUUUUUCCACUCCUUCCUCAUUGUCUUUCGUGUGCUCUGCGGCGAGUGGAUCGAGACCAUGUGGGACUGCAUGGAGGUGGCAGGUCAGCCACUCUGCAUCUUGGUCUUCAUGCUGGUCAUGGUGAUCGGGAACCUAGUGGUUCUGAACCUCUUCCUGGCCCUCCUGCUGAGCUCCUUUAGCUCAGACAACCUGUCAGCUCCCGACGAAGACGGCGAGAUGAACAACCUUCAGAUAGCCAUCGCCCGCAUCCAGUAUGGCCUCGCGUGGCUCAAGAAGGCCCUCUGUGACCUUUUCAACGGCAGCCUGAAGAGGCGGCGCCAGAAGGCCAUGGAGGCGCGAGCCUCGUUCCGCAUGACACGCGUGGGGAACCACGUGGAGGCCAAUGGCACCGUGCCGGGCAUGGGGCGGCCCGAGGAGCGCUACAUCAUCCCUGACGGUGACAGCUACAUGACCAACCCCAACCUCACCAUCAAUGUCCCCAUUGCUCCAGGGGAGUCCGACGUGGAGUUUCCUGAGGAUGAGGAGGACACCGAAUCUUCGGAGGACGAGGAAACUAAACAGCAGAAGGAUGCAGUCAGCCUGUCGGAGGGCAGCACGGUGGACCUGAGGAAGCCCGGAGACGAGGAGGACGAGUACUCUGAGCUGGCCGAAGAGGCCAUGGACCCCGACGAUUGCUUCCCCGAGUUGUGUGUGCGUCACUUCCCUUGCUGCGAGAUUAACACCACGCAAGGGCUGGGCCAGGUCUGGUGGAGGCUCCGCAAGACCUGCUACCAGAUUGUGGAGCACAGCUGGUUCGAGACGUUCAUCAUCUUCAUGAUUCUUCUCAGCAGCGGCGCCCUGGCAUUUGAAGACAUUUACAUCGAGCAAAGAAAAGUGGUGAAAGUGGUGCUGGAGUAUGCAGACAAGGUUUUCACUUACAUCUUCGUCCUGGAAAUGUUCCUCAAGUGGAUUGCGUACGGCUUUAAGAAGUACUUCACCAAUUACUGGUGCUGGCUUGACUUUUUAAUCGUGGACGUAUCUUUAAUAAGCCUUAUAGCUAACUCUCUGGGGUACUCUGACUUUGCUGCCAUCAAAUCUCUCAGAACCCUCCGAGCUCUCAGGCCAUUGAGAGCCCUGUCCAGAUUUGAAGGCAUGAGGGUGGUUGUGAACGCCCUGAUUGGCGCCAUCCCAUCCAUCAUGAACGUGCUGCUGGUCUGUCUGAUCUUCUGGCUGAUCUUCAGCAUCAUGGGCGUGAACCUCUUCGCGGGCAAGUUCGGCAAGUGCGUGAACCGCACAGGGUACAUCCACAAUGCCUCCGUGGUUAACAACAAGUCGGAAUGCCAAGCCAGGAAUGACACGCAGUUCUACUGGACCAAGGUGAAAGUCAACUUUGACAACGUGGGCUCCGGCUACCUCUCGCUCCUGCAAGUUGCAACCUUUAAAGGAUGGAUGGAAAUCAUGUACGCGGCCGUGGAUUCACGAGCUGUGGAGGAACAGCCGAUCAAGGAAUUCAAUAUCUACAUGUACCUGUACUUUGUCAUCUUCAUCAUCUUUGGGUCCUUCUUCACCUUGAAUCUCUUCAUCGGUGUCAUCAUCGAUAACUUCAACCAGCAGAAAAGAAAGAUAAGUGGACAGGAUAUUUUCAUGACCGAGGAACAGAAAAAAUACUACAAUGCCAUGAAGAAACUGGGAUCUAAAAAACCUCAGAAGCCUAUCCCAAGGCCAGUGAACAUACUGCAAGGAUUCUGCUUUGACCUCGUGUCAAAGCAAGCCUUUGACAUCAUGAUCAUGAUGCUCAUCAUCUUGAACAUGAUAACCAUGAUGGUCGAGACUGACGAGCAGUCGGCUCACAUGGAGGCCAUUCUGAACAAGAUCAACCUGGCUUUCAUCGUCAUCUUCACCACUGAAUGCCUCAUCAAGAUUUUUGCCCUACGCUGCUACUUCUUCACCGUUGGGUGGAACAUAUUCGACUUUGUCGUGGUCAUUCUCUCCAUAGUGGGUAUUGUUCUAGCUGACAUUAUAGAGAAAUACUUUGUGUCACCGACUCUUUUCAGAGUCAUCAGACUUGCGAGAAUAGGACGUGUCCUUCGACUGAUACGUGGAGCCAAAGGGAUAAGAACGUUACUUUUUGCCUUAAUGAUGUCUCUGCCAGCGUUGUUCAACAUCGGCCUCCUGCUUUUCCUCGUGAUGUUCAUCUAUGCUAUAUUCGGUAUGGCUAACUUUGCUUAUGUGAAGAAACAGGGCGGAAUUGACGAUAUGUUUAACUUUGAAACCUUCGGGAAUAGCAUGAUCUGCCUCUUCCAGAUCACCACCUCUGCUGGAUGGGACAACCUGCUUAACCCCAUCCUGAACAAUUCCCCGGAAGAGUGCAAUCCCAACAUCACUAACACCGGCACCAACACCAGGGGCAACUGUGGCAACCCGUCAGUGGGCAUCACGUUCUUUGUUAGCUACAUCAUAAUCUCGUUCCUUAUUGUUGUAAACAUGUACAUAGCUAUCAUCCUGGAGAACUUCAGCGUGGCCACGGAGGAGAGCACAGAGCCGCUGAGCGAGGACGAUUUUGAGAUGUUCUACGAGGUGUGGGAGAAGUUUGAUGCCGAGGCCACGCAGUUCAUCGAGUACUCCAUGCUUUCGACCUUCGCGGACUCUUUGUCGGAGCCGCUGCGCAUCGCGAAGCCGAACAAGAUCAAGCUCAUCUCCAUGGAUUUGCCAAUGGUCAGCGGGGACAAAAUCCAUUGUCUGGACAUCCUGUUUGCGUUCACCAAAAGGGUCUUGGGAGAAUCUGGGGAAAUGGAUGCGCUGAAGCAGCAGAUGGAGGAGAAGUUCAUGAUGGCCAACCCCUCCAAAAUCUCUCACGAGCCCAUUACCACGACGCUGCGGCGCAAGGUGGAAGAGGUGUCAGUGGUUAUCAUCCAGAGGGCGUACAGGAGACACCUGGUGCGGCGGCACAUGAAACAAGCCUCUUUCCUCUACCGCCAGAUCAACGGGGAGCACUCCGUCAGCGUGGAUGACGCGCCUGAGAAGGAGGGGCUCAUAGCCUCCUUAAUCAAAGAACAUUAUGGACCAGAGAUGGAGAUGAUAGAGACGUUGUCCUCCACCUCUUCGCCGCCAUCUUAUGACAGUGUGGCCAGGGCUACUGGGGACCUUUACCAGGUUAUCAUACCUGAAGCAAGGAACAAAGAAUACACUGAACCAUACAGCCCCGCGGAAAGAAACCCUUAA